GCUCGCUUCCCGUGUUGGUUGCCUGUUGGCAGUGUUCUUUUUGUUUUCAAAAAAAUCAACGCCCAGCAAAACACCGGAAAAAUCGGAUCCCUUCCUCAUUCCCUCCAGGAAUUGACGCCAGAUUUGCUGUGGUGAAAGAAGAUGAAAACCAAAACUUCGAUUGGGCUUUAUGUUAAUUGAAAGUGGAUGCGCGUGAAGAAACCCCCGUUGAGGGAGGGAUGUGUACCGAUCGUCCACACUAUCUAGCCAGUACGAACAACACAUCCAAACCGAGAGACGACCAAUUUCAUCAUUCAUCAUUCAUCGCAUGUGCUUGCUGCAGUAAAGCAUAAAAUCUCUUCGGUUUUGUUUGCCCUGAGAACAGUGUACCGUGUAGGGGGCCUGGUGGCCCACUAUCAGCACUUUUCUCCCUGGUCGGGCGGAAGACGAAGCGCAUUGUUGUGAAAGUGUACACGCCCUUACCCAGGGAAUAGGAAACCAGACGGAAGAGAUCAGAACCAGGAAAACGGGAUCAUUCAUACAGCGCUGUAUGAAAGGAAACCAUCAACAACCCGUCUGCCACUCGUUCACUCCUUCUCCUCCAUCGCCUCCUGAAACAUGGUCUGGCCAGCGCUACUGUUUAUGUUGAUCGGCUGCAGCUCGAUCAGGCUGCUGCCCGGUGCUGCUGCGGCGGAACAUCAUAACAUGUCACACACGAAAGACUGUACACGCUUUCACGAGCAAUGCGUCCGCUGCACCGAGACCGGCUGUAUCAAAUGUACGGAGGUGCUUCGCAUCGAUACCGGCGAAUGUCUGUCCGAAUGUCCGAGCGGUUACGGUGCGCAAUGGUCUACGAGCAGCGAGUUUAUGGGGCUCGUUUGCCAUCCGGUGGGAAUGUCCGGUUCGUUUAUGGCCGCUAUCGUCGGGAUCAUCGCCGGUGCCAUUCUGUGCGUGGUGCUGAUCGUGGGCGUCCUGGCGGUACUGAGGCGCCGCCAAAAGCGGAAAAAGUAUCGCGAAUCGUUCAUCGAUGAAAACAUCGAUCGGCUUGAGUUUCUGCGACAGCUGGAAGAGCUACGACCGCAGGCGGAAUACUUCCUGCAGAUGCUGAAUGACACUAGGCGGCAGAUACGCAAACUGCAUCUGGCCGGUGACAGUGCCGGUGCUGCUACGUACCAUCCGGUCGUGCGUGAUCUGGCCAAGAUAUUGAUCCUGCUCAACAAACCGAUCGAGCUGAUCAAUGCGCCACCCCACGACUGGCAACGAUUGUACGUGUGGGCUGAGCGGGUGCUCGAUCGCUACAAGCCAGAGUUGGCACAGCUGAUCGAGUUCUUGCAGCAACCAUCUGCUUCGGAUCCGCGGCUCGGUUCGUCGGACCAUUCCACCUUCAAGUCGGCGUAUCAUCAGCACGCGCCAGGAACGAAUCUAUCGCCAAGUCUGAGCCAGAAGAACGAGCGCAACUUGCUGCAGCCGGAACUGAUUCAGCUGCAGAAGCAUCGCACUCUGCCGACGAUGCAAACAACGCACCAUUUCCUGGGUUCGCUGAUCAGUUUGCACGAGUUUGACGAACGGUCGUCACACACGACGGACACCAGCUCCAACCAUCAUUCGACGACCGGAGUUGUCAGCGGGAGUGGCGGAGGUGGUGGUGGCAAUAACCCGUUCGAUGAUACGUUCGAUCAUGUCCGUACCUAUCUGUCCACGUCCGGCAUGAACGACAGUUCGCUAUGGUUGCAAGAUGAGUUCUUUAAGCUGGGUUUUCGGCCCCAAGAUGAAAUCACAACCGAACUCUGAGAAUCGUACAGAGCGGCUGAGAACGAGAGAAAGAGUCUAUACAACGACACCAUUCCAGUGCAAAUCGAGACAAGGAAGGAUACGGGAAGCAAUAUGUAUAUAAGCAAUGAAUCGCCAACAAACCCGGUGCUAUCGAUCGUCGACAGGAUUACGGAACCGCAAUACAAAACACGCACACGGCACUCGGCCUCGGUGCGCACUAGUCAGUUGCGAGCGGUGCUUGAUCACUGAACGAUGGCAAACGAAGCCAGAAUUAGAAGCAGUUCGGACAACGAAUGGCGCAUGAGGGAGUAGUCUGUAAUCAAAAUUAGAUUUUGUUAAGAACCGUGUAAACAUAAUGUUCUAAAAUAACGAAAACGAAAUCGUGGAUACCAUGAUAAGAGUUAGCCUGAAGAAUUACAACCACCUAAUUUGAUGGUUGAUAACACGAACUCCAAUUUAUGUGUCUAUGUACUUCGCAAACAAAAGCACAUAGAAACGGCACAGAAUAAAUAUAUGAAAAUAGACAAUACCAAUGGCUUUGAUUGUUAAGCAAGAUUGAAUCGUUUAGCAGUAAUGCUUAGACAUGAUAUUGUUUAAGCCCUGCUAAACAUCGUACGUACUAAUUUAUCUGGAACCGAAUGGGUCAGUUAGUCCAUUUUGUUCGCAUGACUUGGGAAGAACAUCUAACCCGUAUACAAUUACCCAUACGAAAUGUGGUAAGAUAAAGCUAUUAUUAUAUUACGAACGAUGAAUAAAAAAUUGCAAA